GUUGGUGCUUGACACAGGGCAUCAUAACGAGAGGGAACAGAGAAAAUACAGCCAUGGAAAGGAUCUCGCCAUGGAAAAGAUUGGUCACCGUGGUAUUGGGGCUGGCAUGGUCAAUGUGUUGGAGUUUAUGCGCUGCUGAAGAAAUUCUGGGGACCUUGGCCAUGCCUGAUCGAUCCGUCGUCCCUACCACAAAGGUGGUUUUGAACGGCGGUCAGCACAGCAGCUUGACCGCCCGGGACGGAUCCUUCGCCUUCCGCGACGUUGCCGCCGGGGUCUACCUGCUGGAGGUGCUGUCCCCCAACUUCCACUUCAGCGCUAUGAAGAUCAAGGUGGACGACAUGACGGGCAUCCGCCAUUGAGUACAAGGUGCAGCGAAAUUUUUACCCCGGAGCGCCGCGGAAGGAGGCAAUAC